AUGCACGAAUUUUUCGAGCACAGAGGUAGGCUGGAAUUUUUUUGGCUGAAAAUCUGGAAAAAAAAUCUGAAAUUGUUCCAGAAAUGUUGCUGGCUUUCAAUUUGACCGCUUCCAUUGAGGAUGGCUCGAUUUCAGCGUUCAAUGCCGUUUUUGUGCUCAUUAUUUUCGUUUGCCUGGUCUCGUGAGUGCUUUUUGCAACGAUGCUCCGCGUUUACACCCCUUGAAAAUCUAGUUUUGGAGGCGAAAAUUGAGGGUGUAAGAGUGGAGCAUCGUUUAACAUUUGAAAAAUCGAAGGUUCAAAGGUGUUAACGCGGAGCAUCGUUGUGAAAUUCAUAAGUUUCUAGCUUUAAUAUUUUAGGUGUAAAGUUGGAGUGUCGUUUGGAGCUUUUUGCAACGAUACUCCGCGUUUACACAUUUUGAAUAUUCUGUUUUAGCGAUGAAUUUUGAGGGUGUAAGAGCGGAGUAUCGUUAAAAAAUAACAACAACCCUCCGCUUUUACACCUCGAAGCUUUGAGGAUGUAAGAGCGGAGCAUCGUUGUGAAAAUCAUAAGUUGACAUUUGAAGGUGUAAAGUUGCAACGAUACUCCUCGUUUACAUAUCUCGAAUAUUUUGAUUUAGCGCUGAGUUUUGAGGGUGUAAAAGCGGAGCAUCGUUGUCAGAAGCCAAACUCAAAGUUAGAAGGUGUAAAAGUGGAGCAUCGUUGUGAAAUUCACAAGUUUCCAGACUAGUUUGGAGUUAUCAACGAUGCUCCGUGUUUACACCCCCUAAAAACUCUAGUUUUCACGCUGAAUUUAUAGUUGUAAACCCGUAGCAUCGUUGCAGAAUCUUCUACUACCUCCUCAACAUCUGCAUCGACAUCCGCGUCUCCAACCUCGACACCAACAUGUCAAAAUUGCAUCACACAAUCUACAUCACCUGCCCAAUCGGCUGCCUCACCCUAAUCGCCCAAAAAACAUUGCUCAUGCUACAAAAUCCCGCCGGUUUCGAUCCGGCCAAUCAAAUCUUCCAAAUAUUAUUCAUCCUGCGAUUCGCCUGCGUCUUCCCCGGUCAACUUUGUCUCUCGGUUUUCGUCAUCGAAAGAUCGUGUGCCACGUGGUUUCUGGCUGAUUAUGAGACGAAAUCGAGGAGUUGGAUAGCGUUCAGCAUCGGCUCCGCCAUCAUUUUUGCCAGCCUCUUCAUGGCGUGGACACUUGCGUUGACGUCAGACCCGAUUUUCCACGUCGCCGCCAUUUUUGCGUUGAAUAUUGCGAGUUGCUGCGGAAAUUUGGCCACGUUUUGUGUGAAUAAAAAAGCGUAUGAGAAAUGCCAACGUGGCAGCUAUUCGUUGGCUGAGCGAUUUCAGAUUUCCGAGAAUAUUCAGUUCUAUUUUGUGAGUUUUGAGUUGGAAAAGGGGGGGGGGUGCCACGUGGAUUUAGAUUAAAAAAUUGCCACGUGGCAUAACUUUUGAGGUUUGAUCUUUGAUCUUUCCAUUUUGGCAUACGGAUACAAAAAAAUGCCACGUGGAAUUUUGAGCUUCAAAAUGUUCAGAUUUUCUAGAAAUUUCCGAACACGUAGAUUUUUGAGCUUCCGAUUUUUUCCUAUGUGAAUUUUGAUCUUGCCACGUGGAUUCUGAAUUAAAAAAUCAGAUGUUCUGAAAUUGUAAGAUGUUUAAGUUUCAAAAUUUUGAUGCCACGUGGAUUAUUUUUUUGGAUCGAAAAUUUUUGAAUUUAAAUCGUUUGCCACGUGGGUUUUCAGCUUCAAAGUUUCAGAUUAAUUUCUCCCGAAAAUCUGAAAUUCUGAAACUUUUUUUGAUUCUGAAAGAUUCUACUACGUGGAUUUUUUUGUAAUUCAAAUUUUUGAACCUAAUCUUUUAGCCACGUGGAUUUUGAGCUUCGAAGUUUCAGAUUAAUUUUUCUCUGAAAUUAAAAAAAAAUUAGAUUCUGCUAAUUUCGACACGUGGAUUUUCAGCUUCAAAAUUUUGAUGCCACGUAUCACGUAGAUUUUUCUAUGCUUAAAAAUUUUGCCACGUGGACCUUUGAACUUCAAUUUUCCCGAAAAUCUUAAAAUUUUUAGAUUCCAAGUUGCCACGUGGCAAAUGUUCUGCCCAAAAAAAUUCCAAAAAUAUUUCCACGUGGAUUUUCAGCUCUGAAAUUGUAACCCUCCCAAAUUUUUGCAGUUCUUCAAUCGAUUUGCGAUAAGUAUCGCAUUUUUCGCGCUCCUCUGUCCAAUUCUAAUGUUUCUACACGGCCGCAAUUUUUCCCAAUUCUCCAAAAACGUCAUCAUUUCCCUGUUCGAACUUGCCGUAAGUUGUUAUACAAUUCUAACACCCUACAUCGUCUACAAAUACAAUGCCACGUGGCAAGCCGAAUUCCAGAAAGUCUUGCAAAAAGUGAGUUAGAAACUACGAUGCUCCGCGUUUACACCUCGAUGUUUGUUUUUUGCAGGUGAUUUUCUUCAAGAAGCGAGUUGAGGUCACGAAUUUCUCGCAAGAGCUCUCGAAAAAUUCGAUGGGAAAAAGUUUGCGAGACACUUUUGGGAAGGAGAUGAACAUCGGAAUCGGACAACAAUCUGAAACCUAUUUUAGACAGUUGACUAACACUUGGGAUCAUGUUUGA